AAGGCAUUGCUCAUCUUCUUCUUUAUUCUUCACCGCCUUCAAUAGAAAUCCCAAACCCAAACUCCACAACCCCUCAAAAUCUCCUUCAAUUUUCGAAUUUCCAGACCAUUAGGGUUAGGGUUAGGGUUUCGUUCUCAUAACCACGCCGCUCGAAAAGGGUUCGCCGGUUCGUGAUUUUCUGCGGCGGUUCAACUCCAAAGGAGGAGUCUUUAUCCGGUGGUUUUUAUCAUCAAGAUGGUGAUGCUGACUGCAGCAAGUGCAAUUGCUAGCUCACCUCUACUGCCAGCAGGGUCAGUUAGUCGAUACCAUGGACGAGCUGGGCUAUAUGGGUCUGGUCCGAGAAGAGUUUGUGUGGUAUGCUCUAGCAUUAGACCAGUGGGGCUUGGCACACGGUUAUCACUUGAGGGAAGAAAAUCAUUAUCACCAAUGACAGGGUCUCGUCGAAUGCAGUCUGCUUUUGUAAUAUGUGCUUCUUCUUUGAAUGCAAGAUGCGGUGCAGAGCAAACACAAACUGUUACACGUGAGGCUCCAACAAUUACACAUCUUCCUGGCAAGGAAAAAAAUCCACUGCUAGAUGAUGGUGGAUCGGGAUUCCCUCCCAGAGAUGAUGGUGGUGGUGGUGGCGGAGGGGGUGGUGGUGGAGGCAACUGGUCGGGAGGCUUUGCCUUUUUUGGCUUUCUUCUUUUUCUCAGCUUUCUAAAGGAUAAAGAAAGUGAGGGCUCUUAUCGAGAAAAUAGGAAAAGGUCUUCAUAUUGAACCUUAGUUUAAGCUUGCUACGGCUAUAUUUUUCACUGUCGUAUUGAAUAAUAUUUCUAACUUCUAUACCUACAAAAAGGGUCAGUCUGGUGUUGUCCUUGUCCUGCGUACUUUUGGGCAUCAAUUCAUGAAAAAGACUUGUAUUCUUUACUUGAAAAUAUUGAUUCAAUGUAGCAUCUGCAGUUUUGAUU